AUGAAAUGCUAAAGCGUUUUGAUUUUAUAGGUUAGGUUCUGAAUGUUACAUGAUUCAGUUUUUAUAUUUGGGAUUCCAAGCAGAAGUGGAAAUAAAAGUGGAGGUGCAUGUAAACCCUUGCUUUUAUCAGCCAACUGAAAAUAGUGAACUCUUGCCAUUGGACAUAGAUAAAUGGCAUCAACUAAGCCCUGGUGACAGCUUUUCCUUGUUGAUAGACAAAUAUGCCUUCAGGGUUCUCUUCACUCCUUUGGAUAUGGAAGCUCAAAGAAAAAACUGUCACCUUCAUGUAGAAGACAGACUAAAUCAAGCUUCUUCAGUGCUUCAGCCAACCAGGAUGCCUCACAGCCAGCCUCCAGUACAGCAAGCAGCCUCUUCCAAGAGGAGCCAGCUUCUGGACACACACACACUACAAGAGAAAGCAGCUGAAAUUCCAAAGGAGUCUUUUGCUAGCAUUCCUGAAAUUAAAGAAUCACAGCCUGCUGAAAGGAAAAGAGUACUUCCAGCAUGGAUGCUGCAAGAGGAUCUUAUGGUUCAAAGUCAAUCAGCCUCAAUCUCUGGAAGAGAAAAUGGUGGCAAGAUUACAAAAGGCUCAGGAAAAAAACGAAAAAUGAGUGAAAGUGAAGAUAUUUCCCUUGCAAUGCAGAUUACAGAUAAAAGAGUCUCGAGGAAGCAUGCCAUUCUGAAGGUAGAUGGCAGUCAUCUUAGCAUCAAACCGGUAACUGGAUGUUUCCUGUUUCUCAGUGCAAUGAAAUGCUAA